AUGCCAAACCUUGGUGCUCUGCAAAUAGCAUCCAGCACGCAGCGACCAGCGAGAAUUCUCAUCUCAGAGGCAAGCAAGAAGCACCAAGGCAACAAGAGCAGAGGAAGCAGACAGAGAAAGGCACAGACAGAGGACAUAGACAUGGACAUGGCAGCAUCUUCCUCGGCGCCGGGCGCGUCCUACUUCAUCUUCAACUUCUCCGUGGCGCCGGCCGUGGUGGUCAUCUCCAUCAACGUCAUCCUCGUCUGGCUCUCCGCCCUCGUCAAGUCCUCCUCCUCAUCCUCUUCUUCGUCCUCCGCCAGCCGCCGCUCGGCCGCCCCCGCUCCGGAGCAGGAGCCAGCGCAGCCAGCGCCGGCAAGUGGCGCCUCCGAGGUCGACCUGGACGUGGUUCUCGGGGUGAUGGGCGCGGGCAGCGCUGCCUCGAUCGGGUUCGAGGAGGCGGCCAUCCUGUUCGAGGAUGACGAGGCCACCGUGGAGGAGGCCGCGGCGGCGUUCCGCGUCUUCGACCGCAACGGCGACGGGUUCGUUGACGCCGGAGAGCUCCGGAGCGUGCUGAGAUCGCUCGGGUUCACCGCCGGCGUCGCGGCCGCGGAAUGCCAGCGCAUGAUCGACGCCUAUGACGAGAACAAGGACGGCCGGAUGGACUUCCAGGAGUUCCUCAACUUCAUGGAGAGGAGCAGCUCGUGA